CCUCUACUUCAUCCAUAAAAUAGCACAAUUUCACAGCAUAGAGAGACACAGAGUAAGCCAUGGAAGGAAGUCGAAUGAUGAAGCUCCUGAUGGUUAUGGUUGUGGCGAUGGUUCUAGUGAUUGGCGCUAAUUGCAAAGAUGUUGAUGAUGCGCCAGAAAACUUCGACAUCGGCGCUGAUGUGGUGCCAAACAUGAGCAAGCAAUGGUGUUUCAGGUUUUGUUUGGCAACAUGCGUCGACCGAGCUAUUCUCAGUUGCGUUCCUUCAUGCAGGAAAGCAUGUCAUAUCACGAUGUCUGACCUCAUCUUUGAAGUUGGGCGCAUCAUUGCUGAUCCUGGGCAAACAGACUUAGCUGCUCUACCUAAUGCAGCUCCGGCUCCACCUCCAAUGGUAGUGCGUCGGAUGCUGAAUUGAUGACUUGGGAGGCUGCAUAUAUUCUUGCUUAAAGGAAUGCGAAAAUAAAGACUAAUUACUAUAGCUAUUUCUCAAGCAGUCUUUUUUGACGAACUAUUCGUCAAUUAAUUUAAUUGGAGAUGAUAGCUAAACUCUAUGGAAUUAAAUGUAUGCAUAAGCAUUCAGCACAUAAUAUAGUACCUUCGACAAGA